GAGCCGGAAAAACUAACGACAUAUACAUACAUAGAUCCAACCGAUCAUUUUUAUUUUAAAACUCUCCGCUUCAUAUUAUAGAAAACACACCCGGUUCUGGCCCUUUAAACAGAUUGAACGACGCCAAGGCAUGGACUGCGAAGACUCCAUAGACAUUCGCGCCAAGGGACGUGGUCGUGAGGCCACCGUCUCGCUGCGCCAAAGGGAACUGAUCCGGAACCUGCGCGCUUUAGUGGCCGUGCGCUUCGAGCAGGCGAUAGCCCGGAUCGUCCUGGUCUUCGCCGGCCAGGUGCUGGGCGAUGAGGGCACCAUCGACAGCAAGGGCAUCGUCUCCGGGGUCACGGUGCACGUGGUCUGCCGUGCGGAAGUGGGCCACUGUUCGUUUCCGAAGCCGAGCCCCUCCACCAGCGAUCCAAUGAGGUCCAGGUGCCUGGCCAUCCUGCUCGAGGAUCCCGGUGCGCUGAGGCUCCUGCUGCAAUCAGAUCCGCGGAUCCGAAUGCUCGUCGAGGAGAACGCGACGCUGCGCCAUUACCUGGAAAGCGACCAGAACCUGCGCGAGAUGCUCACGAAUGCCUUCAGUCCGGCCCAGUUGGAGUUGGAACGACGCCGCGAUCUGUACAUUUCGCGGCUGGAGUUCGUUCCCGGCGGGUACAAGGUGCUAGGCCGCCUGAACUACUACAAGCAGCAGGCCUACGAGGACAACGUGGCCAUGUCCUUCCAGCAGGCAUCGCCCUCCACUGCCAAGUACUCGAAUCCCCAGCGGGGUCGCGAGAACAAGGACCCGCUCCCAAACCCCUGGUUACGCACGAGUGAACUCUCCCUCCCGGACUUCAAUACGGCUGCCGACCAGAAGCGAAUGGACGAUCUGUUCAACCGCAUCCUAACCGAACCCAUGCCGGGGACUCAGAAUGAAGGUGCAAGGCGGGAAGCGGUCAACCUAAAGCGGUCACCCUCUCCAUAUCCAACAGUGAUCAAGCGCACCGAUCCUCGUUCCCGGAGGGAGGGUCGCUGGCAGGAGUGCUACCACGCCCAGUUGGAGCAACUGGUCCAGAUGGGCUACCUAAACCGGCGCCGCAACAAACGCGCCCUCAUGAUCUCGCUGGGCAACGUUGACAGCGCCGUCAGACUACUAGACCACUGGGAUCGCUCUGUGGAUGAAUAAGCUUCGUUUGUACUACUUUCGUUGUGUUUCGUUUUUGGUAAAUUCUCAAUGUGAGAAUAACCUUCUGCACAAAAGCUAAGUGUUCGCAAAACUUUACCAGUUAGUACAGGGAUUACUUCUUAGUAGAAUCUUCUAUUACCAAAAGCAAAUUCGCCCUGGUUUAAAAAAAAUAAAAUCAUAAGAAAUGGAAAAACUA